GCGACUACAACCCGCGCCAGUCGCUGCACCGACGCGAACGCGAACACUCAUGGACCAUGUCCAAAACACUCGCGCGAUUUCUCCUCUUACUCUCGUUCUUUUUAUGCCUGGACUGUGAACUUUAUCAAAACAGGCCCAAAAUCAGAACGUCCGAUGGGGACCUUAUACUAGAAGCUGCAUUCGAUAAAAACAUAUACCUCCUCCCUAACGGACCGAAAUCCCGUGUCUACGUGGGCGAAGUGAACAUCCUCGACCGUGAUGCCUCCAACAGCGGCGGACAGCGCGUGCCCGCCACUAACGAAGACGUUACCCCAUACUUGAAUGGACCAGAUGGCAUAUUGCAACGACUGCAAAGGUUAGAAGAGAAAACUUCUAGUGUGUCUAACGAAUUAUCUUUAAAUAUCUCACUAGCGUGGCGAAAUAUUAACAGGCUGAACAGAAGAGUGACGCGUCUUCAGGUACAACUACAACAUUACAGGAAUGACGAUGACUGCCAUUCACAGCCGUGCCAACAUGCCGGCACUUGUCUUAAUUUGGUUAACGGCUAUCACUGUCUCUGUCCACCGAACUGGGAGGGCAAAGAUUGCGAUAUUGACGUAAACGAAUGUCGCAAUUUUGCUGGCACGGAUCUAGGCUGCCAAAACGGAGCGACAUGCCUGAACACACCAGGAUCGUACGUAUGCUUAUGCCGAUCUGGUUGGUACGGACUACACUGCACCAGAAAAGAAAAAGACUGUUCCGGAGGCGACUUUGAAAUGUGCGGCCAUGGCACAUGCGUCGCUACCACUGCAGGCGAUGGCGUCAGAUGUAUCUGCCACCAAGGGUGGACUACCAACGGCACCAGCGCUGCUUGUUUGACAGACAUAAACGAGUGCGAAGAGGGUCAAGGCGCACGCUGCUCCGUAAACCCCAAGGUCACGUGCAUCAACCUUCCUGGCUCGUUUCGUUGCGGUCAAUGUCCGCCUGGCUACGAAGGUGACGGAUACAGUUGUUCUGAUAUCAACGAAUGUGUUACGAUACCCAACGGUGGAUGCAGUCCUAUGGUCACUUGUCACAACACAGUCGGUUCUCGGAUAUGCGGAUCUUGUCCACCCAGCUAUCAAGGCGACGGCAUUACGUGCACCUGGCGCGGGUCGUGUAACAUCAACCACGGAGGUUGCCAUCCGUCAGCACAGUGUAUAGAAAACAUCGGUAUGGGCGGAUCUCAGUGUAUUUGUCCAGAAGGCACAGAAGGUGACGGCGUGGGUAUUCAAGGUUGCGUCAUCAGCACGGGCGGCAAUUACUCGGAACCCUGCAUGAACAACCCCUGUGGCACCCAUGGACAGUGCCACGCUCUUCGCGUAGGUUACACCUGCAUUUGCUACAGAGGAUACAGCGGCGCUCAUUGUGACGUCAUAUCAAACUUGUGCGCCGUCAACCCCUGUCACAAUGGAGGCGUCUGUCGACUCGAUCAGACCAUCACAAGAGGCUACAGAUGCGAAUGUACAUCACAGUACACAGGACCGCUGUGUCAAAUGCCUCUCAGGUCUUGCGGCGGAGUACUGGAUAAUGAAGAAGGCAGCAUCGUGUAUCCCGCAGCGAACACCACAUACAGCCACAACUCGCGUUGCGCCUGGGUCAUUCAUACGAUACCUGAUAAAGUUAUUAAUAUCACUUUCAGCAAAUUUAAUCUUGAAGGGGGCGCGGAUUGUAACUGGGACUUUCUACAAAUCCAUGAUGGCCGCAGCUCCGCUAGCCAGCUUAUAGGAAGAUUCUGCGGUAACGAAUUUCCCAAAGGGGGCAAUAUUAUAUCGAGUCAUAACAACUUAUACUUCUGGUUCCGCUCAGACAGUACUGUGGCUAAAACUGGCUUUGCUCUUCACUGGACUAGUAUAAAGCCGGUGUGUGGCGGUGAGGUAGACGCAUCCGUACAUGGGCAGAUCAGUUCCCCCGGAUCGCCGGGCAAAUACCCACCCAACCGUGACUGCUACUGGCACUUGACAACAACUCUAGGAAAACGAAUUCAAUUACACUUUUUCGGGUUAGAUAUCGAAGCGCACAAUAAUUGCAGCCACGACUAUUUAGAAAUAUUUGACGGUGAACGCUCAACAGAUCCGCUGCUCAAUAGAUAUUGUAACUCGACCCAGCCUGCUCCCAUACAUUCGGCGGGCUCGGAACUUUUAAUACAUUUUCAUUCAGACGCAUUCGGCUCCGGUAAUGGGUUUCAGAUAGCUUUCGCUCCCACAGAAGGCGUCCCAGGAUGUGGUGGUUAUUUCACCACAGAAAAGGGGGAAAUAUUUUCUCCGUCAUUCAAUGGGUCUUACUUGGAUAAUUUACUUUGUGAAUAUAAAAUAAAAACUAGUCCAGACACUAGAAUUAAAAUAGACUUCAAAUCUUUUAAAUUGGAAAGAUCGUUUAAGUGCAAAUUUGAUUAUUUAAAAAUUUAUGACGGUCCAUCAGCAAAUUCCCAGCUUGUCGGGAAAUUUUGUGGAGUUACAUUUCCUCAAUCUUAUACUUCAACGUCGAAUACCUUGUUCUUUAUAUUUAAGAGUGACCGCAGUAUGUCAUCCGAAGGUUUCCGAAUAACGUUUAAAGCUGUAUGUCAAUUAACAGUGCAAGGUGACAGCGGUAUUAUAAAAUCACCUGGGUAUCCGUUUAAUUACCCAGAGGAUAGGGUAUGUGAGUAUGUGAUUAGGGCCGCACCGGGGAAAUCUAUCCAACUCAAAUUCCAAGACUUUGACAUCGAAGAUAACAACUAUUACAAUUGUCAGUACGACCACGUAGAGAUUAGGGACGGACCUAACGUUAACUCUACACUUCUCGGCAGUUAUUGUGGAGGUCCCGAGCACACGCCGCCUGUUCAGACCUCCACUCACAAUUAUAUGUAUGUCAAAUUCGUUUCGGACAUAAGUGUUAGCGGCAGCGGAUUCUAUGCAAACUACACAACUAUUGACGCUGAAUGUGGUGGCAUUUACCACGAUACUACUGGGCUUAUCAACCACCCUUCUAAAAGCAACGAAAACUACAAAAAUGACCAGAAAUGCACAUGGCUAUUGAUAGCCCCCGAAGGCCUACACAUUAAAUUAACGUGGAACAGGUUUGAUCUUGAAACGAUGAUGGACUGCGGUAGCGACUACGUGGAAUUAAUUGAAAUUGAUGAAAAUAAUGAAAACAAUUUGAUGGGAAAGUUUUGUGGUACAAAGGCACCUCCUGCUUUAACAUCAUCCACAAAUAGACUUAUGAUUAAAUUCACUUCCGAUAGCAGCAUAGGUUCAUCAGGAUUUUCCGUGUCGUAUACAUUUUUAGACGAAAAGACCCACUGUGGAGGCAUGUAUAUUAAAACUCAUGGUUAUAUAUAUUCCCCGGGAUAUCCAAAACAUUACGAACCUAACAGGGAUUGCGCUUGGAUAAUCGAAGUGCCCGCUGGACAGCAAAUUAAGUUAAAUAUAUCAGAAUUUGAUUUGGAACGGCCGAUACGCAAUAAAUGUAAUCUUGGUGAUUAUUUGGAAUUAAGAAACGGUGGAACGGAUACAUCCCCCUUGAUCGGUCAAUUCUGCGGCAAGUUCAAAUCGAGAAUUAUCACGUCGAUGACAAACGUCUUAUAUCUGCAUUUCCAUUCAGACUUCUACUUAACAGGACAAGGAUUUAAAAUCGAAUGGGACGGCUCCAUUACCGGUUGUGGAGGUACACUGACUAGUUCUACAGGAUCAAUAACUUCUCCCAAUUAUCCCAAUAAUUAUAAUGAAAACGCAGAAUGCUUUUACAAGAUCGUAGUUAAUCCUGGAUCCAUAAUUCGAAUUUCAUUCCGAGAGUUGGACUUAGAAAGGACCUACAUGUGUAAAGACGAUUACGUGGAGAUUUUCGAUGGACGAGAUUCGACUGCGAACAGCCUUGGAAAAUAUUGUGCUAUGUCUCCAGCAUUAAGUAACAUCGUUACAUCGAGCAAUUAUGCAUUUAUCAAAUUCCGAUCAGAUUUUUAUUUAUCAAGAAAAGGGUUUCACCUAGAUUAUAACUCUGUGUGUCAAAAUAAUAUUACGGGUCGAUAUGGCGUGAUAGAAAGCCCGGAUUAUCCAAACAAUUCCCCGCAGCAUUUAGAUUGUCUCUGGAAUAUAAUAGCACCCAAAGGAAACAAAAUAAAUGUAACAUUCACAUAUUUCAACAUAAAAAAAACACACCAUCAUCCUUAUUGGGUGUCUCGCAACACCCACUUCCGUACGUGUGACUCAGAUUACUUGCAAACAAAAGAGCUAUCUGAAACGGAGUUUUCAUCUAAACUUUGCGGCAAUAUUCCACACUACACCAUUACUACGAAGACAAAUGCUUUACAAAUUAAAUAUGCCACGGGGAGCUUUCCACAACCGGGCUUCCGUUUAGAAUGGGUUAGUUAUGGUUGUGGUGGGCAUAUUCAGAAAAACAGUGGAGUUCUAGUGUUAGACAGGGCCUUAACAUCCGCUGGAGAAAUGGAAUGUGAAUGGUUGUUAGAGACCUCCGUCGGGAGAGCUGUGUCUAUAGGUUUCAAUAAUCUCUUUAUGACUGACAACACUAAUUGUACAAUGGAUGCGAUCGAAAUUUACAACGGUAAAGAUAUCGCGUCGCCACUUUUAUCGAGAAUAUGUCAUGUAACAAAAUCGUGGAUAGAGUCUACAGACAAUUACAUGUUAGUGCGAUUCAUAAAGCGAUCCACUUUAAGAGACGCUUUUAUCAAUGCUCGUUUUUUCUCCUUAACAGCUAAGUGUGGCGGUUUUAGGCAGUCAUUUUCCGGAUUUAUUUAUUCCAAAAAUUAUCCCAAGAAUUAUGACAACAAUUUAGAUUGCACUUGGACAAUAGGUGUCCCUCGUAAUCACCGUAUAGAGUUUAGUCUUAUCGAUUUAGAUUUGUAUUCAUCACGUAGUGUUUAUGAGGAAGCCGACGACGACUCUUCGUGCGGCGAUUACAUUAAAAUAUACGACGAGCGAAAUUCAAACUAUACGAACAAAAUAUGUCCUAAUAGCAAUAUUACCAAAGUGAUCACUCGAAAUAAUAAAGCUUAUAUACAAUUUGUUACAAAUAAUUAUGGUACAGCUAAAGGAUUUAAAAUUGGCUUUAAUACAAUUUGUGGAGCGGUUAUAUCAGCUAUCAACGACGGGGUCAUAGCUAAUGAAAUAAAUAGUUACACGAGUAGUUGCACUUGGACCAUUAUUGCCCAAAAACCAGAUCAAAAGAUAUCUUUGACAAUAACCCACAUGUCACUGCAACCCAUCUUUAACCAGACUUGUCAGUCCUCUUUCAUCCGGGUAUACGAUGGUGACGACAAACUCGCACCUUUGAUAAACGAAUACUGUGGACGCAAAAUCCCUCCAAUGAUCGUCAGUGCUGGCAGUGCUAUCACUGUUGAACUUGGCACGUAUGGAAACAACAUUGAAGGGCAUUUCUCCGCCCAUUAUACGCCUCUGAGCAACGCUUGCGGCGGUACACUUACUUCAGAGGAGGGAACCAUAGCUUCACCAAACUACCCCCGUCCAUAUCCUGCCGACGCACACUGUGAAUGGAUCUUGAAAACCUCUCCUGGAAAUAAAGUGUAUAUAACAUUCGAGCGUUUCGAUUUAGAAGAAUCAGAAGGAUGCAACGAAGACUAUUUGGAAGUACGCGAAGAUUUUGGGGGCGGUAAACUCUUAGGUGUAUACUGCGGUAACAAUAUUCCUACAAACACAACCGUGGCAACAAAAUUGUACAUAAAAUUCCACAGUGAUAUACGGAACAACGGAGGAGGCUUUUUAAUACAUUACGGAUUUUUGCACGGCAAUGAAAUCUACGGAGACCGUGGGGAAGUUGCUUCACCUUUGUAUCCACAUCUUUACCAUGGUACCGCCGAGUACAGUUGGCGAAUAGAAACAAUAGGAACAAAAGAAAUAUCCAUAUCAGUGGAUCACAUGGAAAUCCGUUCUUACGGCGACAUGUGCUAUAACAAACUAUCUAUUUACGAUGGUUACGAUGAAUCUGCAAACCUUCUAAAAGAGUUCUGCGGUAUUUUGGGCCCUACACCAAAAGUUUUACAAACAAGUUCUAACGCGGUUUACAUAAAGUUAUUCUUGGAUGAAUCUAACACAGGUUCUAUGUUUCAUCUCACUUGGGCGAAUACUGAUAAAGGUGAUGAAGAAGAAGAAGACAAAAUUAAUUGCGGUUUUAAUCAAACUGAAAUUAUUUCGCCAGGAACGUCUAAAAUAUUUACAUCGCCCAAUUAUCCUGAUGAAUAUAGCAACGAACUAUAUUGUGAAUGGUUAUUCAAAAGUAGUCCUGGGUAUCACUUGAGUUUAAACUUCGAUGAUUUCCACUUAGAAGAAACGAGUGGUUGCUUUGCAGAUUACGUUACUAUUUACGCAGCUGACACUUUUGGUGAAUGGAAAUUACUUAAAAAUAAGGUGUGUUUAGGAGAGUCAGUAAGUGAACGCGCAAUCGGCUCAAAUUAUUUGAAAGUGAUAUUUAAAACUGAUCCAACAAUAACUAACAAAGGAUUCAAAGGUAUAGUUACUUCAUUGUGCGGUGGUAUUAUUUCUGACUUAUCUGGCACUAUCGGUCCUCGUUGGGUAGACAUGCUACCAAGCAAUGACGUUAUACUCAAAAUUGAAAACAGAUGUGAUUGGUUAAUAAAAGUUAGACCCGGCCGAGUCAUCAAACUCCACUUUCAACAAUUCAACAUUUCUAACAGCGCUACUGAUUGUCAGGUCGCGUUAAUUUUACAUAAUGGUGAAUCAAUAAAUUCACCUUUGCUAGGCAGCGGAAAAUUUUGUGGAUAUGAACACGAAAAAAGGGAUGAUUUAAUAACUUCAAGUAAUGCUGUGUUAAUCAGUUACGUUAGUAUUUUAGACGUCCGCUUGUCGUUAUACAGCUUUAGAUUGCAUUAUGAAGAACAAAAUGUCCAAUGUGGCGUAACAACAACGUUAGAUAUUGAUCAUGGUUGGGAAAUUAUUAAUUCACCAAACUAUCCGUCAAUUCCUUUGCCUUAUUCAGAAUGCAUUUGGGUAAUCAAUGGUCCACCCGGAGAAAUAUUACGAAUUGAUUUUAUAGACAGAUUCGAUUUAGAUAAUGUAGAUGACUGCGCCAUGGAGGUUGUGGAGAUACAUGACGGUUCAUCGGAGUUUUCUCCACGUCUAGGGCGUUUCUGCAGCGAAAGGCCAGGAACAGUAAAAACUACAAAUAACGUUGCAUACAUAAAAUAUACAACACAACUUGCAGAACCGCGAAAUGGAUUUAAAGCAAACGUUUCAAUUGAUAUUUGUGGAGGAACAAUAGUGUCAAACGCUGGAGAAAUUACGUCACCUAGUUAUCCACAUAUGAAAACUUUGUCUUAUGGAUCAGUUUGCGAAUGGCGCAUUGUUGGACCAUCUAUAAAUAUUUUGCUAUUAAAACCUCUGGAUAUAGACUUACCGGAGUCAGAGACAUCGUGUGGAACGAAAGUAACUAUUGAGGAAUUAAUACCAGCUAACAACACGAUUACUAUAUUAAAAACUAUUUGUAACGACGAUAAUGAUUCCAAUUUUCCAGCUAUUGAAUCGUCUACAAACGAAGUAAUGAUAAAAUUACAUAUCGGUAAGCCCAGUGAAUGGACCCAGCUAUCAGAAUCUCGAGGUUUUCGAAUUAAAUUUAAUAGUUCGAAGCCUAUAUGUGGAGGCAGGAUAUCUACUUCUGAAGGAUUCUUGACCACCCCGAGCUAUCCUAUGGAAACAACACUAUCAUUUUGUCAAUGGCACAUAAAAGUACCCGAUAAAUCGCGGAGCGUGCGUUUAGAAAUAUUAGAUGCCGAUUCACAAAAUCAUAGGAUUGGUAUUUUUAAUGAUCUUGACUUUUUAUCUGCUAUACAAAGAAUUCCAGAUGACGGCGAUAUCACAUCUUCAAAUAAUGUGUUCGAAUCGAGUGGAAACACAAUGGGGAUUUAUGUAUGGCUAUCUCAUUUAAAGUCACGACACCGAUUUAAAGCAAAAUUCAGUUCUGAUAGUCCAGCACUGUGUGGAGGUGAAAUAAAUGGUCUCAAUGGUAGUUUAGUAUCACCCGACCUUCAGCGAUCAUACACGUGCAAAUGGCAUUACAAUAGUAAGGCUAUCACCGCAGACGACGGCCUACAAUAUGACAGUAUUUAUGUUUCAGUACAACUAAACUCAUCUGUAGCUAGAACCCGAUGUCGUUACUACGACCCCAAACUUAACAUAAAAUCAAAUUAUCUUGGCCAGAGCCAAGGAUUGGUCUUCACGAGAGAUCUUUGUGGAAAUUCAGCAGAAUCUUAUAGAAUACCAUCCGCAGCUAUCGAUUUAAAAGCGACCAAAAGCAAAACCAGCUCAUUUUAUUUCAACUUAGAGUGGAAAGCACAACCUUGUGGGGGUAUAGUACGGGUGACAACAACGGUUGAUAACAUAUUGAAAGUGCCCAAUAACUAUACUGAGACCUUAGAUUGCGCUUGGGUGGUUGUGGUUCCAGAUGAUAAUCGCAUUGAAUUAAAAAUGGAAGGUUCAUUCCAACUAGAAUGUGACGAUGAAUAUAUCAAAAUAUAUCAAGGGAUUUCAAAAGUGUCGACCUUAAUGGGUGACUUUUGUAAAACCCAACUUAUGAAUGAUCCAAUUAUUACUAACAUCAGACAUAUUUUUGUGGAAUAUCAUUCCAAUGUAAAACCCAAUACAAGUAUACAAAUAACAGCGAGGACCAUUAGCGAUCAAUGUGGAGGUUUGCUUCUAAGCUAUCAAAAUAUAUUUACAUCCCCUAAUUUCCCUAAGAACUACUACGCCAACCAGGAAUGCACCUGGGAAAUAAAAGCUAAUUGGGGCAACAGAGUAUCUCUAAAUUUCAUUGAAAGAUUUGUAAUAGAAAGCGCUGAUAACUGUACUAAAGAUGCUGUUAUAAUAUAUGACUGGAAAGAUGACCAAUACAUUGAAGUAGCUCGGCUGUGUGGACGCUCACUUCCACACGCCUAUAAUUCAACCUUUAACAGAAUGAAAGUUGUGUUACGCACAAAUGCGGAUGUUAAUCUGGAUGGGUUUAAAGCCGCGUGGUCCCCCAUAUGUGGAGGAAAUUAUAUAGCCACGGAAAAGGAACAGAUUCUAUACAGUCCAAAUUAUCCAUAUGACUAUUCAUCUCUUUUGGAUUGUACUUACGAGAUAUCGGGCGGUGAUCAAGAAGUCACGGUUAAAUGACUCGAAUUUGAACUUGAAGGUAAUUAUCCGGAAUGUGAAUAUGAUAACGUUACUUUAACUGUCAACGGUAUGAAUUACUUUUAUGGAGUUUACUGUGAUAAUGAGUUACCACCUAUGCUAAGUGGUGACUCCAUAUCGCUUUAUUUCAAAACAGAUCGAUACCAACAAUAUAACGGAUUUAAAUUAUGGUAUAAAUUAUAUUCGUGCGGAGGCCACGUGAACACAAGCACCGUCAUAACUUCAAAUGAAUUUGAAAAUUAUCACGAAAAUUUGAAUUGCACCUGGAUUAUAGAAGCGCCUGCUAAUAAAAUAGUAGUACUCAAAUUCCUGUACAUCGAUAUAGAAGAUAGUUCUGACUGUACUAACGACUUUUUGGUCGUGUAUGAUGGUCUAACGAAAGACGCAUACAAUCGGCUAGCACUCCUAUGCGGCAAUAUGAGUACUUCUGCAACAGUACUAAGAAGUAGUGGAAGUGCAUUAAUAUUGCAAUUUAUUACGGACUCUUCAUACCAAUCAAAAGGAUUUAAAGCUGAAGUAUUUUUCACUUACAGUGCAUCAGUUGGAUGUGGUGGAAAAAUUAACUUGACAACUUCCUCAACUUAUACUCUGAAGUCACCUUUAAUGGGUCACAAUGUUGUGUACGAGAAUUAUUUGGAUUGUCAAUGGUCUAUAAGAUCCCCUGUGGACACAUACGUCAAAAUCAAAUUUCAAUCCUUCCAUAUUGCACCUUGUAAAAAUGUAGAAAAUCAAACCGCCAUAGGUUUCAGCAAAUGUGAUUGCGAUUUUGUACAAGUGUUGGAUGGAUUAAAUCCUAAUAGCUUAAUUAUAGGUACUUACUGCGGGCACUCAUUACCCCUACAAUUAGUGUCCUCAGACAAUACAAUGAGUGUUAGAAUGGUAUCCGAUGGAGAAAUUAAUAGCUCGGGAUUCGAGGCCCAUAUAACUGUACAAAGAUCUAUCUGCGGUCGAACAUCUUAUCCUAUUAGUAAUAAAGUCGAACAGGUUAAGUCUCCGGGAUAUGAUUCGGGAUCUGUGCCGCGUGGUUUGCAUUGUGCGUAUCAAUUUGUAUCAGCAUAUGAUUAUGUGUAUUAUGUAGUACGUGUUAGGGUUACUGUCGACCUGCAGGCUCCGGAAAAUAACGACGUCGAAAAGAAUCUUUGUGUCAAAGAUAAACUAUUGAUCGCAGGUGUCCCAAACAAAGUGAACACGACAUUAGGGCAAGAUUUUAUUUUACAAGGUCAAACUAACGACGUGUUCUAUGUCCACAACUUUUAUGAUGUCACUUAUCCGCGAGAAAUAGUAUUAUGUGGAUUAAAAGAAAGUACAGACUUUUAUGUCUAUGGAAAUAUUUACAUUAACCUUGUAACGUCAGCAGAAACGGAUAAUUUAAACCAUAGAGGUGUUCUAAUAGAAGUGUCUUAUCCCGGAAACUGUGCUAGAAACUAUACAGAGCCGCAAGGAAUAAUCAAAUCUAACUAUGCUGAAAGUUAUGAUUCCAAUGCACCAAAAGAUUGUUACACCCUUAUUACGGCCCCUGAAAAUCACACAAUAUCUUUAUAUUUUAUAAGCGCAUCACAAAAUUAUUGGGGACAAGAAAGCUUUCUAGAAAUUUUCGAUGGUAACAAUACAAACGCUCCUCAACUGAUAAAAAUAACCACCGAGUAUUCCAAUCCAGUGUUUUCUAGCGGCAGAUAUAUUCUAUUACACAAUCAUGAUUCAGAUGUCGAUAGCUCUUACACAGCUCACAUGAACUACGAUCUUGUUUACAUGACGACCGACAAAGGAAAAGGAUGUGGCGGAAGGCUGAUGAAUAUCAUUGGCAAAGUUACGAGCCCUCUUUACCCUCGCGUGUAUCGGAACGUAAAUACAUGCGUAUGGGAAUUAGAAACGCCGUCUAACACUCGACUAUUCUUGCGUUUUGAAGAAUUUGAUAUGAGUAUAAAAUGUGAUGAAAACUAUCUGCAGUUGGUUAACAGGAAAGGCGAGGUGAUAUCGACAUUCUGUUCUGAAACCCCUGCCGACUACACCAGUGACGACAACUUCGUUAAAUUGGUAUUUGUAACCACUUUGAAUAAUGGUGGUACGGGCUGGGUUGCAAAUUUCGUCGGCGUCGUUUGAGGCUCUUCAUUUAUGUUCAAUUUGAAGGUACCAAUAGCGGCUAAGACUCUAGACAUAUGUAAAGAUUCCUACGCACGUACCUAUGCAAACUUCUCAAACAGAAGCAGAUAAUUACUGAUCAAUAGUAAAAAAAAAAUCUUUUUUGAAAAUGUUUAGUCUUCAUUGUUUUCAAUGUACGACUGUUUUAUGAACUGUUAUUUUACAAAAUAUCUUUACUGCUUAUGAGGUGGUGUUGAUGCUCUGAUCAUAGCUAGAGGUAUUAAAUGCUAUUAUACAGUUUUAUUUGACAUAAAAGUAUUGUUAUUUCAUAAAAUAUUUAUUGAAUGUUACAGUUUUGAAUAAAUAGCUUUUAUAUCUACCAAUGUACGAACUUGCUGAACUAAAAACACGAGUUAUUAUUGUUAGUUUUUCAACGUUAACUAUGUAUAAACAAAAACUGUGGUAUGCCUUCGCAUUUUCAAUGUCAUUACCUACUUAUGUCUCCAGGUCUUAUGUUUACAAAUGUAUUAAAGUAGGUUCAUGUUAGAUGCAUUUACCUAUAUGACGAACUGUUAAAAAUAACUCAAAAUGAAUUCGAUGUAAAUCAUUAAAUAAAUAAUGAAUGCAUUA